UGAAUCUGGAUCACAGGAGACAAGGAGAUCCCCUGUGCUCCAGAUUCACCAAUUAUUCCGAUGAAAACUACAGUAUUCACUAUGUAGGUUCUUAUUAUUCAAUGGUACUAGGGUGAUAUUUAUAUGCAUCAAUAACAUAUAAUCCCUGUGCUCUAGAUUCAUCAAUUAAUCCGAUGAAAACUACAGUAUUCACAUGUUAUUUCUUAUAUUAACAUAAUGUUAUUAAUCUUGCUAAGUAUCAGCACAGCAACAUCGCUCAGCUCGAGUAAUCAGAUAUAUAUGAGCUACUAAUAUGGUAGUCGACUGCAUUCCUUCAAAUAUAAAUAUGUUUAGAUAUCAAUCUACAAUAUAAAUGCAGCUGCUUCAUAAAAAUAGAUGAAUUACUCAGGCUUAUGACCUGCAUUUUAAUGCCUAGUAGGUAGCUACGUAGUAUAUUUUAUUUUAUGAAAUAACGUAAGCAUAGCAGCAGUACGUAACUGACUAACUAGAUACAUUUAUAUACUAUAUGCCUACUACUAAAUUAAGUUGUAGAACUAUGAAAUAUAACUAAUAUUCAAAUUCUAUGAUCUGUUUACUAGUGUAGGUACCUAACUUAGUUAUUUAACUAAAUGUUAGCAAUCUUAAACGGUUUUAAAUAAAUUUAAGCUCAUAAUAAAUUUUGUUUUAAUAUUGUACCUAGGUACUUACUACUACUUACUAAAUGUAAUUAAUUAUUAUUUUGUAAAAAGAAACAUCAAAGCAGCUAAGGUACAGAUAAUUGUAUGCAAGUUAAGAGCUAUUAAUAAAAAUACUUUAAUUCGGAAUAAAUAGACUUUAUUAAAUAUUUAUCAAUGAUAAGUGAUUACAUGUCAUCUAAUAUGCAUUAGGUUAAUUUAUUAUAAAUUUAUACUUGGAUUUUUAAAACAUAUCAAUCAAAUCCGAUAUUUUCGUAAUGAUUAUUCUAAUUGAUUUAUAUAUAUCAUCAUGAAGAGUGUUGCUGACAACAUGUUGAACACACAUUUCAGCAUUACAGUUACAAAUUUUAUUUUCAAAUUGAUUUGCAUCAAAUAUUUCGAUUCGAAUGACUUUCAAUCCUUUAUUUAAAGUUUUAACAUAUGAAUAAUGUGCACUAUUCCGAGGACGUUUUCGAAGAUUCAGAUGCUUCUGGCUGACGAGUAGCUCAUCCCCGUUGGCCUCGCUCUGCUCAGGCUCUGGCUCGAUCGGCUCUCCGUUGAAGUCCAAGAAGCGUAUCGUUGGUUUACGCGUUUCAAUAGGGUUGAAGUUGAAUAGAUCAUUGUCCGAUUCCUGUAACCAAUAAAUUAUUAGAUAAUUCGACUUAGUCAAAGUGAUAUUUAAAAUCAAAUAAGCAUCAGUUAUGCUUGUACAGAUACAAAAGAGAUAUGUAUGCCACCUCCUAGCGCAAACAAUUUGAUUGGAAGAUAGUUGAAUCAAAUAAUAUUUUAUCAAUACAGACAAACAAUUUCUAUAAGUUAAGUAUUUUUCAUGUCACGGAUUAUUCAUGAGUGGAUCAUAAAAAUGAAGUGUUUGCGCAGCGGUGGAAUACAUAUAUCUUUUGUUGACUGUACAUUAAUUUACUUACCGACAUUAUUGCUUCAGAUUUUAACACUGACUUGUUCUUCCGCUGAGGGGUAUAUCAAUAUUGAUGGAGUCUGUAUAAAAUCUCAUUACUUUUAUACAUUAAAUAACUCUUCAUAGUUUUUUAAUAAAACCUAUCUCUAUUUCAAUUAUGUUAAGAAUUACAUUGUAAUUACAAUAGCAGUAAGUACUAAGUACCUAGUAAUUAAACAUUAAUCUGGUCUAAUAUUAUCUACUCCUUAUAUGAAUCGUGAAGUAAGCUGAAACCCUAGCAUUGCUUAGUCAUAUAAGACUAGUUGCUCCCCACGGCUUUCUUUAUUACGAUAUUUUUUUUAAAAGAUCAUGUUUAUUUUUUAUCUAAUGGUUUUUUCACGUUUGAUCAAUCCAGCUAUAUUUAAUUUGGAUUUUUGAUAUUGAGAUAUUAACGGAACGAGAAUAGAACGGAAUACAUAAUAGGAGGCAUAUACUGUACCAGCGAUAUAUGAUAGCGUUAACGUUCGCGUAAGCGUUCAACAGAGAAUCAAACCCGUGAUCGUUUAGUUAACAAACCCAUCAUUGAACCACUCGGUUACACGCGUUUUCUAACACAGCAUAAUAAAACAUAGUACCUAUUAUAUAUUAAUGUGGAGGUACUAUCGGAGACAUCAUUUCUAAAUUAUUAGUUUCCUCGAUAGUACCUGUCCAUAUUAAUGUUGUGUUUAUAUUUAAGCAAAAACAUUUCAAGUAACAUCAUAACACAAUUUAUGCUAGUGUUGUAGGAAUAUUGUUUACAGAUUAUACAGAUCAGCACUUUACCCUUAAAAGUAGAGUGCAGAUCCUCGUUAUGGUACCCGUGACGUAGAUUUAGGGGGUAUUUAAGCCAUACAUUUGGAUGGAUCAAUCACAGUCUUCUCUGGAGUCCAGCAGCUUCAAGAAAUCCUAAGAGCUUCAACUAACUCAAGCGCCAACACCUUUAGCAGCAUUGUAGAAUCAUUGAUUGAACCUCAUUUCAAGUGCAAGUGUAUUGAAGGAAAAUAUAAUUAUGUCAAAGAACGUGAAAGCUUGUUCCAGCGCCACGGCAGAGCAGUUGUUCCCCUCCGAGGAUGAGCGAGAGGGCAGCGUUGAUCGCAAGACUGAAAAGAAACGUGCUGGGAAGUCUAUGCCUUCACUGAUGGGUGAACCAUCAAGCAAGAAGAGGAAGACUACCACAAUCAACCCGGUGCCUGCAGUUGAAAAAUCAACAGCCAGGGACUUAUUUGGCAGCGACAGCGAUGAUGAAGAGUUCGAGGAAACGAAGAAACCUGUUCAAUCAAAAGAGGAGGGUACAAAUCACAUGAAUAAUAGAAGUAUUAAAUGCAAUGAUUGUGGAAUUAUUAUACUUAAAAGUCGCUAUCAUAAUCACCUAAGAACGAAUAUUCAUAAAGCAAAUAGUAAUAUAAAGACAAGUAUUCCAAAUGUUAAUAUAAUUGCCACAGCAUUCAAAAACAGAAUUAUGAGUUAUCAUGUAAAUCCUAGCAAUAAAUCUGACUACCUCACACCAGAGGCGUUCCUGUUGGAUAUUAAAAGUGAUGUUCAGAAACUAAUUGAGAUGUCUAUUCUAGAACAUAAUUGUAUAAGACUGAAUUUUGAACUCUUUGCCUACUUUACUUUACCUAAAACUAAUAAAGAGGAACUAAAAACAUUUAUAACUAAAUUUGAGAUAGUGCAGGAAGGUACUUGUUUAUCAGAUUUUUAUGAAAAUUUAACAGAAACAUUUAUUCAAAAAUUAUCAGAAUUUGAACACUGUGAAUCUGGUUGGACGUUUUCAAAGAUAAGCCAUCUAGAGAUUAAUGUUAAUAAAUAUUCUCCUUUCAAAGGUGGCUGCUACAUCUCAUUACCCUCUGUUGUUGUUAAUACUAAAAGUUGUUUAAAUAUCAAGAACAAUGAUGAUUACUGCUUUUUAUGGAGUAUUGUUGCAGCAUUAUACCCGGCUAAGAGAAAUGUGUGUAGGAAAACAUCAUAUCCUCAUUUCACUAAAGUUUUGAAUAUUAAUGAUUUAUCAUUCCCGCUGUCACAAAAAGAUAUAAUAAAUUUUGAAAAAAAUAAUCCUGAAUUAAGUAUUAAUGUAUAUGGAUUUGAUUUUGAUGAAAAUAUUGUUACAGGUCCUCUUUAUUUAACUAAACUUAAAAAGUUUAAACAUAUAAAUUUACUGUAUAUUCAAAAUAAAAAUAAGACCAAAGGACAUUAUUGCUUAAUCAAAAAUUUAUUAAAGUUGGUGAGAGGGCAAAUUACUUCGCAUAAAGGAAAAAUGUAUCUUUGCGAUGGAUGCUUACAAACAUUCGUGAGUGAAUCAAGAUUUAAAACACAUUUCUGUUCAAAGACUGUUACAAUACUACCACCUAAAAACAGUACCUUGGAAUUUAAUAAUUAUGAAAAAAAACAAAAACUUAAUUUUAUCAUUUACGCUGAUUUCGAAUGUUUACUUCUAAACUGCAAAGAAAAAGAGACGAAUAACACAUUUAUGUUUAAAAACCACCAACCAUCUUGUUUCGGAUAUUACAUAUGUUGUACACAUGAUAAAAGCUUAAACAAGUAUGUUUCAUACAGAGGAGAAGAUUGUGUUAAAGUAUUUAUGAAAAAAUUAACAAAUGAUGUCAUAAGAAUACAUAAAUUAUUAGGUGAUUAUAAAAAAAUGAAGCCUUUAACAGAAAAUCAGGAGAUUGAAUUUCAGAAUGCAAUUAAUUGUCACAUAUGCGAUAACUUGUUAUUAGAUGACAAAGUUCAUGAUCAUGAUCACGUUACUGGAGAAUUUAGAGGAGUCGCUCAUUCCUACUGUAACUUGCUACUGAAACAAGCAUUUUUUAUACCUAUAGUUUUUCAUAAUUUAUCAGGAUACGACUCUCACUUAUUUGUAACUGAACUAGCAAAGUACAAUGGUCCUAUAAAAAUUAUUCCAAAAAGCAAAGAAAAAUAUUUAACGAUUACUAAAGAAUUACCUGGAAAAAUACAAAUGAAAUUUAUAGAUUCUUUUCAAUUUUUGAACUCAAGUUUGGAUACUUUGAGCAAAAGUUUAUCUGAUAACGACUUUGUUUUUUUAAAUUCUGAAUUUAAAAAUGAUAUUCAAUUUAAUUUGUUGCGAAGAAAAGGCAUUUAUCCUUAUGAUUACAUGGACUCGUGGGAAAAAUAUGAUGAAUUAGAAUUACCUCCUCAAGAAAGGUUUUUUAAUAGUUUGACCAUGUCGCAUCUUGCUGAUUCUGAAUACCAACAUGCACAACAAGUUUGGAAGUCAUUUAAUAUUCAAUCUCUUGGUGAUUAUACUGAAUUAUACUUGAAAUGUGAUGUAAUGUUACUCUGUGAUAUUUUUGAACGCUUUAGAUACUUAUGCUUACAAUAUUACAAAUUAGACCCUGCCCACUAUCUUACUUCACCAGGGUUGAGUUGGGAUGCAAUGCUCUUGCAUACCAAAGUAAAGUUAGAAUUAAUAAGUGACUCAAAUAUGUAUGAAAUGAUAGAAAAAGGAAUUCGAGGUGGCUUAGCACAGUGUUCGCUACGCCACGCUAAAGCAAAUAAUAUGUAUGUUCCUGAUUUUGAUGAUACCAAGUCUUUGAGUUAUUUAGUAUAUCUAGAUUGUAAUAAUUUAUAUGGACAUGCUAUGUGUCAAGCAAUGCCAGUAUCUAAUUUUCAAUUUAUUCCAAGCAAUCAAAUUCAAGAUUUUGAUGUUAUGCAGAUUAAAGACAAUUCCGCAUUUGGUUUCAUUUUAGAAGUGGAUUUAGAAUACUCUGAAGAUCUUCAUGACUAUCAUAGUGAUUUGCCUUUUGCUCCUGAAAAGUUUGUACCAAUUGGCGGUAAAACCAAGAAAUUAGUAGCAAAUCUAUACAAUAAGUUUAAUUAUGUAAUACACUAUGUUUACUUGCAAGAAUGUAUUAAAAACGGGUUAAUUCUGAAAAAAAUACAUAAAAUUCUAAAAUUCAGACAAGAAAAGUAUUUAAAACAAUAUAUUGAUUUAAAUACUAAAUUAAGGCAAGCAUCGAAAACCACAUUUGAAAAGGAUUUCUUUAAACUAAUGAACAAUUCAGUAUUUGGUAAGACAAUUGAAAAUAAAAGAAAACAUGUUAAUAUAAAGUUAGUAAGAACCUGGAGAGAUUGUGCAAACACCACAAACAAAGAAUUUGGAGCGGAAAAACUCGUGGCUAAACCGAACUUGAUAAAUGUUUCAAUUAUAUCCGAAAAUUUAAUAACUGUUCAGCUGGGUAAAGAAAAAAUUAUAUUAGACAAACCCAUAUAUAUUGGAUUUUCAGUAUUAGAAUAUGCUAGACAGCACUUAUAUAAAUUUCAUUACUCCUUUAUUAAGAAAUAUUAUGAUUCGAAAGCUAAACUUUGCUACACCGAUACAGACAGUCUCUUGUAUCUAAUAGAAACAGAAAAUUUUUACAAUGACUUAAAGAAAUACAUUGAUAUGUUUGAUACAAGUAAUUUUAGCUCCAAUAAUCCAUUUAAUAUCGAUCAAGUUAAUGAAAAAGUUCCUGGUCUCUUUAAAGAUGAAUUAGGUGGUGAAGUAAUUUCUGAGUUUGUAGGGCUAAGAGCAAAAUUGUAUUGUAUAACCAGUAAUAAAGCACAAAUUAUGAAAGCUAAAGGAAUAUCAAAAGCUGUAACGAAGAAACUACACAUUAAUAACUACAAAGAUACUUUGUUUAAAAAUAUAACAUUAAGAAGUAAUAUGAACGUAAUAAAAUCAAUGAAGCAUGUUCUUUAUUCACAAAAUAUUUGUAAAUUAGUAUUAAGUAGAAAUGAUGAUAAAAGACAAAUUUUAAAUGAUCAAAUUAAAACUGUUCCUUGGGGACACUAUUUUAAUAAUUUGUAAAUUAGUA